AUGUUGAUGUUAUUUCUAUAUACCCUUGUUAAUUUAGCUGGUUCUCUAGUGGCUUUUGAUACAACAACAGAAAACUAUACAGUACCAGUUAGUGGAAAAUGUGUGCUAACUUGUUAUGUGGCUGAAGUUCGUUCAUUUAAAGUUCUAUGGCAAAAAAUUGAUCGAUCAAUUCUAAACGGGAAUCAAACAAAUGUACAAGAACAACUUACAUUGAUUGCUUUCGAUGGAACAGUUUAUUCAAACAAAGAUCAUUAUCGUCUUGAAUCUGACUAUGUUGGAUCGUAUAACUUAAUAAUUGACCGUGUUAAUGAAGAUGAUCAAGGAGAAUAUCAAUGUCAAAUUAAUACAGAACCAAGAAAAACGAAAAGAAUUUUUCUUACUGUUCAAGUUCCGCCACGUAUUGUUGAUUUUCUUCCAAAUCCACCGUUACAUCCAAUUCUUGCUGGAUCAUCUUUAAAAUUAUCAUGUCGAGCUGAAGGCACCCCUGCGCCUACUAUACGAUGGCGUAUUCGCGACGUCGAUAUAAAUCGAAGCGGCGAUCUAUUACCGCCUGAUAAUAGCAAUAUAUGGUUUAUUCCAUCUAUAACCAAUACAUUUCCACGUACAGUUGAAUGUAUUGCUGAUAAUGGUGUUUUACCAGCGUCGAAUAGAGUAUUUACAAUCCAUGUUGAACAUUCACCUGUUGUCAUUGUUAAUAAUGAUUUAAUUCAAAGUGAACGAUAUCAAAAUGUAACCAUUGACUGUCAUGCAGUAGGUCGGCCAUUUGCUCGAAUAUUUUGGGAAAAAAAUGGCAAAAUGAUUGAAAAGAAUAAAAUGACGCACACUCGAGUUAAUCAAACAAUGUCAACAAGUCGAUUAACAAUUCAGAUGAACAAUGAUGAUGAUUUUGGACAAUACAAUUGUAUUGCUGAAAAUAUACACGGUCGAAUGGAAUCUAUUGUUUAUGUGCUACAAGAAGCAACGACGACACCAAUAAAAGAUGAAAAAACUCAUCGAUAUUCAAAACAUUCAGCUAAGACAAAUUCAAAUCGAUUAUUAACAAUAUCUCCUCGUCAAUUGAUAUUACCAACAAGGACCACAACAAAAAUGGUUUAUACUGAACGUGAUAUUCAAAUUAGUUCAUCAUCUUAUCGUUUAUCGACGACAAAUCUAUUGACAUAUCUUCCGUUUUUAUUUCAAAUUUUUACUAUUUGCAGAUAA